UGACUAACACUUGACUCUGAAAAGAAAAAGAAAACUUGCAUUGGGGUAAUUAUACCACAAUCGUGCCAUUUUCUAAUCUUUACUUUGGAUAAUCCAAAUCAUUGUUCAGCAUUCUUAUAAUUGUAUCUGUGUAUUCAGCUUCUAUUUAUUUUUCUCUGUGCAGAAUGUAUCAUCUGGUUGACCUCAAUUUUAGGUUAAUUAGGUUAUUUGUAUAGUUAUGUUUAUGGGAUUGGUUAUUAUUAGUAUAGAAUUAUAACUGUAGUCCAAAUAUUUAGUUGCACUGCAGAUGUGCAGUUUUUUCAGAAAAGGUUUACACACUGCUCUUGCUAAAGGAAUGGACCACAUGGAUGUAUUUCAUUGUGCCAAUUCAAGGCAAUAUUUACAAUUGUAAUUUAUGUAAAUGUUAUUGAAUACAUUCCUUUAGUAAAUACAAUUAUCUGCAGAUAUUUCAAGUCAGGAACUGAAAUAUCAACAGUGACCCAGAAAUAGGCCGAAAGACAAAUCUUAUUUACUUGAGACAAAAGAACUUUAUGGUAAAUCUGAAGAUAGAUAAGACACAAAUUAGACCUCGGUAUGAUCGUUGUUUAUAGUAAACUUUAGACGGCCCCUGCUUGCUGGCUCACUCUCACACAUACACACAUUGUUUGUAUUUUCUGUACAUGCUUCCCUUAUGCUGCACCACAAUUAAAGUGUUUUCAGCUUCAUAAAUGUAUUCGUAAACAUUUAUAUUUUUUCCAGAAAGAUUACUUUUUGCCUGCUAUAUAAGAGGGACUGUUCUGAAUGUGUAUUGAAUACUAGCCAUGCAUACAAUUUGGCAUGGAAGUACCCAAUAAUCUGACUACAGAUUGAUCUCUGUUUUUAACUCUCGCUAUCUGCGGAGGAGGUCAGGGGUUAGGGACGGAAUUCAGUGCCUUGCUAAAUGGCACAUCCAUAUGACAGCAAUAUGCUGGACCUUUUUGAAUGAUUGCAUGCGAAAGUUGACGUUGCAUUAAGUUGUCCUGCCAUGCUGUAGAUGUGGAGGCUAGUGUCUCCUCCUUGACCACUGAGCUGUGGCUCAGGAAACAGCGUGACUCUGGAGAGCACUGGGGUUAUAUGGCUCGGCCCCUUUACGCAGCCACAUUCAGGGACGGGAACUGCAGUUCAGUAGCGUCAAGUGUGCGCAAAACACCGGAAACGAGGACGAUUUACCCUUCAAAAUAACCGUUAAGAUGAAUGAAUGAAUGUAAUCUUUGAGUAUCAGGGAUUUUUCGGCGAUGACACAUUUAUAAGCGCUCUGUCAUGGUAUCUGUGAAUGUUUACAGGAAGCCAAAUAAAUCAGUAUAUUUAAAGGUCAAUUUAGCCAUAGGCAUCACAACUGCACGGUUACAGGAAAUCCCUGAAAGUUAUUGCCUGACCUACUUACAUUCUUGUCAUUACGUGCAUUGCAGUAUUCCUUACAGGACACCCCUACACAGUCAUCAUGCAGUGGUUUGGGCUUUUACUUUGAAAAAUAAAGCAGAAGUCGUGCUAGAUAACUGUGGUUGACCUGACACGCGCUCCUGUCUUUCCCUCUCUCCCCGUGUGUGUGCGUGUGUGCGCGCGCGCGCAUGUGUGUGUGCGUGUUUGUGUGUGUGUGUGUGUGUGCGCGUGUGAGCGCGCGUGUGUGCGUGUGUUUUUUACUCCAGUGCCUCUGUGUCUAUGCGUCGUCGUCUCCGCUCCCCCAGUCUGCUGCUGCACAUCCACAGCGGAGCCACCACGCCGAGGAGGCGGGCCGACUGUAGCUACACCUCGGCCAGCGGUGCUGGGUCAUAGCGCUGGUGGAGGGGGGGGCAGCACACUGCUCUUCUUGCCCUUCCAAAACCGUGCACAGCCUGAAGCAUUGAGGACACCAUCAGACCGACGCGUACUGGAAUAGUUUUGGUUUUUGCCGAGACGCACCAAGUUGCAGCUGCAGAGGCGCACUUUUCUCCGUGGCUCCUCUCUCCUCCUGCGCUCACAAUCCGACAUGGAAGAUGGUCCGUCUUCAACAAGCUGUUUCAGAAGGUUAACGGACUGUUUCCUGGGUGCAAGCUUGACAGAUGAGAAAGUGAAGGCCUACCUCUCGCUUCACCCGCAGAUGCUGGAUGACUUUGUGUUGGAGAGUGUGAGCGCAGAGACGUUGGACAGAUGGCUGAAGAGGAAGACCAGCAGCAGGCUUGCAGAUGACACAUCAAAUAAAGAAGUCAGCAGGCAGUACCAGGACACAAAUGUACAGGACGUGGUGUAUGAACUCAACAGCUACAUGGAGCAGCGCCUGGACACUGGAGGAGACAACAAACUCCUGCUCUAUGAGUUGUGCAGCAUCAUCAAAACAGCAACAAAAGCUGAUGGAUUUGCACUUUACUUCUUGGGAGAAUGCAACAAUAGUUUAUGUUUGUUCAAUCCAACGGGGGCCAAGGAUGGCCCUCCAAGCCUCAUCCCCUCUGGCCCCAUCGCAUUUGGGACAACCGUUGCCGCUCAUGUUGCCAAGACUCACAAAACACUGCUCGUAGAGGACAUCAUGGGGGACGAGCGCUUCCCCGACGGCACAGGGCAGGACUCAGGGAUCCAUGUUCACUCUGUCCUGUGCCUCCCCAUCAUUACUGCCAUCGGGGACCUCAUUGCCAUCCUGGAGCUGCAUCGGCAGUGGGGCAAGGAGCCCUUCAACCUCAGCCACCAGGAGGUUGCCACAGCUAAUUUAGCGUGGGCAUCAGUUGCCAUACAUAAAGUGCAGGUGUGCCGAGGCCUCGCCAAACAGACUGAGCUCAAUGACUUCCUACUAGAUGUGUCAAAAACAUACUUUGAUAACAUUGUGGCAAUAGAUUCUCUACUUGAACAUAUUAUGAUAUAUGCAAAAAACCUGGUGAAUGCGGACAGGUGCGCUCUCUUCCAGGUAGAUCACAACAACAAAGAACUGUACUCUGACCUGUUCGAUAUUGGGGAAGAGAAAGAAGGCAAACCUGUCUUUAGGAAAACCAAAGAAAUUAGGUUUUCUAUUGACAAGGGAAUAGCUGGCCAAGUGGCUCAGACAGGGGAAGUCUUAAAUAUCCCAGAUGCCUAUGCAGACCCCCGGUUCAACCGAGAGGUGGACCUCAAAACCGGCUACACCACGCGGAACAUCCUGUGCAUGCCCAUCGUGAGCAGGGGGACCGUUAUAGGUGUGGUGCAGAUGGUGAACAAGCUAAGCGGAAGUGCCUUCACUAAAACAGACGAGAACAACUUUAAGAUGUUUGCUGUCUUUUGUGCUCUGGCCUUACACUGUGCAAAUAUGUACCACAGGAUCCGGCACUCUGAAUGCAUUUACAGAGUGACGAUGGAAAAGCUGUCUUAUCACAGCAUCUGCACAUCGGAAGAAUGGAAGACCCUUACCCAGCUCAACCUCCCUGUACCCAUUUAUAAAGAGAUCGACAUGUUCCACUUUGACAUUAGCCCCUUUGAGGAAAUCUGGCCUGCUGUGUUUAUCUACAUGGUUCAUAACUCGUGUGGAAAGACCAGCUUUGAGCUGGAGAAGCUGUGUCGGUUCACCAUGUCCGUACGGAAGAACUACCGCCGUGUUCCCUACCACAACUGGAAGCAUGCAGUGACAGUGGCACACUGUAUGUUCGCCAUCCUGCAGAAAACCUCUGGGAUGUUCACAGAGCUGGAGAAGAAAGGUCUGUUGAUUGCCUGCUUGUGCCAUGAUCUGGACCAUCGGGGGUACAGCAACUCAUACUUGCAGAAGUUUGACCAUCCUCUGGCUGCUCUGUACUCCAGCUCCACCAUGGAGCAGCACCACUUCUCUCAGACCGUCUCCAUUCUACAGGAAGGGCACAAUAUUUUCUCCAACCUGAAUUCCAGCGAGUAUGAGCAGGUGCUGGAAAUCAUCCGGAAGGCCAUCAUCGCCACGGACCUCGCCCUGUACUUCAACAACCACCAGCAGCUGUCGGAGCUGCUGACCUCGAGUGUGCUGGACUUGAGCAACCACUCACACAGGGACCGUGUGAUUGGUCUGAUGAUGACAGCAUGUGACCUGUGUUCUGUUACCAAGCAAUGGCAAAACACACGAAUCACAGCCAAUGACAUCUAUGCUGAGUUCUGGUCGGAGGGAGAUGAGAUGAAGAAGAUUGGGUUGCAGCCGAUCCCUAUGAUGGAUAGAGAUAAGAAGGACGAGGUUCCCCAAGGCCAAGUGGGAUUCUACAAUGCUGUUGCAAUUCCAUGUUAUACAACACUAGCGGAGCUUUUCCCUCCAUCCAGUCCUCUUCUAAAUGCCUGCAAGGAGAACCUGGGCCAGUGGGAGAAGAUAUCGCGGGGAGAGGUGCAGGACAUAGUGCCCAACCGGCCUUGUGAUUCAGGCCCUGUCAAGGUUGACAACUGACUACCAAAGGGGUUGCUGGCCCACCAAAGGAAUACAACUAGAAUCCUGCCACGGACCUGGUACUUAGGGAGGGGGAGGAGCCCACAUCCUGUGUUAGCAGGAGACGGAUCAGCUAAAAGCGACUUGACUUUGAAAACACACAGUUACCUCAUUGGGUGACGGAGGUGUCAACACUGACGGUUCCACCGAUCCCAGAGACUGACAGACAGCUGAUGGGGAGGGACUUCAACCCAUCGCUCUACAUCCACUCAGCUUGGGAACUAAUUUGGUCGAAUGGAACAUGUGCCGUUUUGGUUGUUUUAAUUUUUGGCAGUUUUAUGUUAUGUUAUGAUUUUUUUUUUUAUAUGAGCUGAUUCUUUAACGGUCUUGUAUUUGCAGAGGCCUUACUCUGAACCUUUCACAGGCUAGAAAUAUGUGAAAUCUUGUUGUUGGUUCAGGCUUUUUUUGAAAUGGUACUGUUUGCCUUCUGUGGUAGGUUUAUUGUACGCACACUACUUCACCAAGGUAUUUCCAGAGACAGAAGGAAUGUGUAGAGCAAAUGUAUGGUUUAAUGCCACCUUACUGAGAAGGUGGAUGCCGGAAUGUUUUUUUAUUACUUUUUGAGCAAAAAUCCUUUGCAGUACUUGAAUUAAAACAUACAGCCUAUUCUACGUGGAGAAAUCCCCCACAGCAUAUUCUAAAAAACCUGGAUGAACUGUGGCGAGAGGGUUUAGAUAAUGUGGACACUUGUGAACAUAGUCACAAGAGAGUCACAAUGUUUCUCCCUGAAGUGGACCCCACAGCACUGCCCUUGCCCAUCCUGGCAUUUAGGAACCUGCUGCAUAGUGCAUCCACUUUCUUCUGAUGAGCAGAACCUGAGCCCAGGUCAGCAGAAAUAUUGCGUGCAGGAAGGAAGGAAGACGGUGCAUGAAUAGCAUCAGUUAUAAUAUAGUUAAGUGCAGGCUUAUAGUAUAGUGAGCCUAUUGAAUUUUCAUUGUCGUAAAAAAUGUUCACACCACUAUCACAUCAUGAAUUAUUUCACGCAACAAUCUGGUUUCGCCUCAUUAAUCAGUAAUCAUUUUGGCAACUAUGAAUAAAACACAAGUAAAAUGAGGAUACUGCACACGUUGGUUAAGGGUCCCAGCAGAUUCUAAAGAGUUCUUUGUUUGCAGUGACACAACAAACUUUUUACACGUCAACGACUUUAUGUAAUCACGAGACAGCAACUAGAUGCAUUACACAAGGUUAAGGUGUUUAGAAUUGCAGGUGAGUUGCAGGUUCAAAGUGUGAAACCUUCAGGACACUUUUUAGCUGAUGAUGCCGGCUCACCAGUCUCACCAGUGGUCAUAAUGUCAAACCUGUUAAGCUAAAUGUGCAUCAUAUGUCUAUCUCUGGGAUUGCAACUCAAGAAUGUUUGGUUGACUUUCUGCAAGUGUGUCACAGAAGUUCCCCUCAUUUCCAUGGUCUGUCCUCCAUCACGCUCACUCUCCAACGCCAUGCAAGGGGUGAACAUUUGGACUCUUUCAAAUGAGUUUCAGAGAUCUUGCAAAAGACAAUUUAUUUCGUCUGAAACCGUCAUUCCAGUGGACAUUGUCCCUCCAAGACUGAAAUUACCGCUCAAAUAAUUUGUUUUACAACUGGUACUGUGGCUCCCAAAUGGUGUGAAUGUGCAUUCUGAUGAAUGUUUUAUCAGAUCCUCGGUGGUGGCAUGUGGGUCAGUGCGCCAUCAGUUUUCAUGAUGUGCUCUGUCUUACUUAUUAGAAUUACUUCCAGUAAGCUUCAACCAAGAGCAACAAUUAGCAUGCACCUCAACUGAACUUGAUAUAUCAUUUUGCAGAAUACGGUAGUAGGUGUGUAUAUUGUGUGCAAUCUAGGAAUUAGUUUCUACAGACUGAGAUGUAUGCUCUGAUGGCGCUAAACUAAAAGGCAGUUGUGCACUUUCAGACUCUGUGUGUGUGUGUGUGUGUGUGUGUGUGUGUGUGUGUGUGUGUGUGUGUGUGUGUGUGUGUGUGUGUGUGUGUGCGUGUGUGUGCGUGUGUUUGUGUGUGUGUGUGUGGGAGAGAGAACGAGAGCAUUUGACUGUCUCUUUCCCCACUCCAACCCCACCUGAGAACAUGGAUAAGUCCAUAACACUGCACUGUCCCUUCUACUUCUCGGCACAAGUUAUAUUUCAUUGUCUGCACUUCAUGUUUAGCUUAUGAUCUUUAUCAUUAUUAUUAUUGAUGAUUAUUAUUAUUGCUAUUAUUACUAUUGUUAUUUUCUUAAUUAGAGUUCAAUUUAAAUUAACUUAUAUUUUUUAUACAAAGAGAAAUAAUGUUGGCCUUUUUGUUUUGUACAAAUUAAACAUUAAGAUAAACAAAACGGUCCUGACAUGUUACUGUUACCCAUAAUAAUUGCGGAUGUCUCAACUGUAAACGUAAGAGCAGUAGCCAAAAUGACUUUUAUUAAAUACCUGGAAAAUA